GAGAAAUUCGAUUCUGAAAUGGGUAAUACGAAAUCAACAGAGAAUAUCGUCAGCAAACAACGCAACGCGUCACUAUCUCGAUUGACAAUUCCAGAUGAUCGAAAAUUGAGUAUUGCAACGAAGAAAGGGGCAAAACGGUUGAGUGUCAGUAGUCAAGGCAGUCAAAAUAGUCGAACGUUAAAACCUGUAUUACCUCUGUCACAACGUCAGAUUGUAAAAGGUUGUAUGGAUAAUUCAAAGGAUGAUAUUGCUGAACGUAUCUACAGGCGAGUAUUGGAGAAACGUGACGAUUUCAGAAAUUUUGUUGAAUCGCUUUCUGCCGAACAGCGAAGUGAAUUAGCUGAUAACUUACGUGAAUUCUUGAGAGGAGUUAUUGAGAGACUGAUGGAUACCGAGGAUGUGCAACGUUUAUCGCAUGAAUUCGGGGAACAGCACGUUAAAUAUCGGUCGUUCGGCUUUAGACCUGAUUAUUUCGUUUCAACUGCUGAUGCGGUCACCACUGAAUGUGUCUUUCUAGAUGCAGCCGUUCACCAACCUUCUGAUACUCUUGCGGCUUGGUCAACUCUAACGACCUUGAUGUUCAGCUCAGUGCGAGAUGGCUAUUAUACCGAACUUCGAAGACAGAGAAGAGCAUCAAAUUGCGCGACUAGGACAAAAAUAUCACAAGAAAGUGGUCCGGAUGAAAGUAGUAACCAAAAAGAGAACACAACGACAUCAAAGCAAAGUAGAGGAAGUCGAUCACUCUCUCCAAUUGUAGCCACAAAUAAUGAUGUUUCACCAAACGACCUAAACGACGAACCAUCAAAUGAUCAACAGACCACUGAAGCGUCUGAACGAUUGCAAUCGCAGAAUGAUGAAGGUGAUCUGGCGUUAGAGGAGGAUACCGACCAAACUGACGACGCUUAUUCGAGAGUCGACGUCGCUCGAAGAAUAGAACGAAAUAAAUUUUUAGCCACGCAACAAAUUCAAACUUGA